GGCGUGAUGUUAUUUGAUGAAAAGACCGGAGUUCUUAUACCAGAAGCAACACCGACACGAGAAAGCCAGAUUCCAUAUCAAGCUGCUACGCCCCAGCAAGCAGUGAUUGAUCGUGCAGUUCCUCAAAGGCCAAGAAGAAAGCGAAAGUUAGCCAUCGAUUUUUCAAUCAAACUUACUGGCAUUGCCAUGCGCAGAAACUUCAACAAYGUUGACACACUGAAGAAAAGAAAAAUAUGUGAUAUUCCUAAACUACCAUCGCUGAGAGAUUUAUUCRUGCGUCCUGCUACAUCAGUUGUCAAUCAUAAUUCUCACUUCCGACGACUGUGGGAUAAAAACGCUAAAAUCAGACCACAGGAUUACGAUGAGAGAGAAUGGGCACUACCCGAGGCAGGACASCCUAGCCCAAUCAUACACGAGGAAUUGAGCAGUGGUCUCGAUGAAAGUCCAACGUCCGGUAUCGAACUUCUAAGGGGAGCAAGCCAURUGUCAUCCGAAUUUGAACAGUCAGCGCCAAUAGACAGUACACCUGAAGUAAGCAUCCUCGAAAGAAGCCGUAAAUCACGUGAUUUGUCUUUAACUGGAGACAGGAAAAUCGAUGUCAGCAUCAGGACACCCAGCAAACCUCUUAGCAGAUUAUCAACAGCCGAUCGUUUAUCAACUUUAUCGCCAAUCGUAGACAGAAAUGAAGAAUUAUUAGAGUUGGAUGUACCUCUUGAAGACAUCGAGGAACAUUUAAGUAUGGAUGGAAGCGACCAAGACAAGUUUCCACGUGAUGGAACCUACGGGACCUUGAGAAUGAUCCAGCAAGCACUAGGUCACUAUUCAAACGUCGAUUUAUGCUCGAUAAUCCCAUUAACUACACUAAGAAAGCAAGCCGCGAAAAUCUUCUAUAAUGUGAUAGCGCUAGCCAAUAUGGGUGUUGUGUAUCUUGUGCAAGACCGUCCUUACGAAGAAAUCGUCAUCGGACGCGGGAGACAGUACUAAGCCAUUGUCAUUUGGUGUUCACCUUUUUAUCCAUGGAAUUCUAAAUUAUAAUUUACAACGAAUUUUAUCUGAAUAUUAACAGACUGAGCACAUUUUAUAACUUAUUUUUUUACAACGCUCACAUUAAAUUUUUACUAAAAUAUUCAUUCAUCGCCUGGUCAGAUUAAAAUGAGAUGRUCACGCAUUUUGUAGAAGGAUCGAAAAACGGGCAUGCCUUAGAGUGGGUUGCUAAACAUUCGUCUGGUACUGUGCUACCUACCAAACAUUUACGCAUGCAUUUAUUUAUUGUCAUCAAAAUGGUAAA